AUGAGGGAGAGGUAUGAAGACCUGCUGCCGUUCCAGUGGUGCUGCAUCGACUCCUCUCUGUGUGACCUCUACCUCAGACAGCGCCCCCUGGAUCGCUGCCAGGGGUACUGCUGGUCCAGCCCCAGCAACUGCAGCACAGCCAAGAAGUCAGGGCAGGGCGUGGCGUCGGUGUUUGGAAGCCUCCACUUCAUCACCUUCGAUGGGUCCGAGUACUCGUUCAAAGCUUUGGGAGAGUUUGUGAUCGUGCGCCUGUCCUCGCCCUCGGGCUCCAAUAUCUUCACUCUCCAAGGGCAGCAGCAGCGUCUGAGCUCCAACCUCGGCCGGGUCCACCCCCAGGUCCCAGCGGUGGUGCGCAUGGCCGCCUUCCACCAGGGCAUCGGGAAGGUGGAGUGGAGGUGUGCGGAGGCAGGAGACGGCCUUCUUCUUCUCGUGGACGAUGUGACGGUCCCGGUCUCUGUCGGAGUGGUGUUUGUUGGCCGCAGUGACUUUGCCGUACGGUGUCUGUCCCAGCUGCACUGCGUGGCCGUGUAUUCGGGGGGGCUGCACGUGUCGGUCUGGAGGGUCCCGGGUCAGAAGCAGCUGGGGGCAGAGGUGGAGGUUCCUCAGAGGUUCUUUACUCGCACCGUGGGGUUGAUGGGACAGUGGAGCUCAAACCGAUCGACCGACUUCCUCUUAUCGGAUGGAACGCUGCUUGUGCCCCCCGACCUCAGCCCCCUUCCUCAAGACAAGAUCCACCUUUUUGGAAUGUCCUGGGCAGUCCCGGUCCCUGAGUCAAUGCUGCUCUCUGCUCCUCCUGGUCCCUUCACUCCAGUGUCCUCUGAGGACCUGCUGCAGACCUCCAGUCCCUCCAGAGUCCUGCAGCUCCAGAGACUCUGUGUCCGCAACAUGCAGUGUGUCCACGACGCUCUGGCCACGGGAGACGACAGGCUGGGGGAGGAGGCGCUGAGGGCCGCCCAGAGACACCAGCAGACCACACAGCUCUAUGGUAGGUACCAGAGACACCAGCAGACCACACAGCUCUAUGGUAGGUACCAGAGACACCAGCAGACCACACAGCUCUAUGGUAGGUACCAGAGACACCAGCAGACCACACAGCUCUAUGGUAUGUACCAGAGACACCAGCAGACCACACAGCUCUAUGGUAUGUACCAGAGACACCAGCAGACCACACAGCUCUAUGGUAGGUACCAGAGACACCAGCAGACCACACAGCUCUAUGGUAGGUACCAGAGACACCAGCAGACCACACAGCUCUAUGGUAGGUACCAGAGACACCAGCAGACCACACAGCUCUAUGGUAGGUACCAGAGACACCAGCAGACCACACAGCUCUAUGGUAGGUACCAGAGACACCAGCAGACCACACAGCUCUAUGGUAGGUACCAGAGACACCAGCAGACCACACAGCUCUAUGGUAUGUACCAGAGACACCAGCAGACCACACAGCUCUAUGGUAGGUACCAGAGACACCAGCAGACCACACAGCUCUAUGGUAGGUACCAGAGACACCAGCAGACCACACAGCUCUAUGGUAGGUACCAGAGACACCAGCAGACCACACAGCUCUAUGGUAUGUACCAGAGACACCAGCAGACCACACAGCUCUAUGGUAGGUACCAGAGACACCAGCAGACCACACAGCUCUAUGGUAUGUACCAGAGACACCAGCAGACCACACAGCUCUAUGGUAGGUACCAGAGACACCAGCAGACCACACAGCUCUAUGGUAGGUACCAGAGACACCAGCAGACCACACAGCUCUAUGGUAGGUACCAGAGACACCAGCAGACCACACAGCUCUAUGGUAGGUACCAGAGACACCAGCAGACCACACAGCUCUAUGGUAGGUACCAGAGACACCAGCAGACCACACAGCUCUAUGGUAGGUACCAGAGACACCAGCAGACCACACAGCUCUAUGGUAGGUACCAGAGACACCAGCAGACCACACAGCUCUAUGGUAGGUACCAGAGACACCAGCAGACCACACAGCUCUAUGGUAGGUACCAGAGACACCAGCAGACCACACAGCUCUAUGGUAGGUACCAGAGGCACCAGCAGACCACACAGCUCUAUGGUAUGUACCAAAGACACCAGCAGACCACACAGCUCUAUGGUAUGUACCAGAGACACCAGCAGACCCCACAGCUCUAUGGUAUGUACCAGAGACACCAGCAGACCACACAGCUCUAUGGUAGGUACCAGAGACACCAGCAGACCACACAGCUCUAUGGUAGGUACCAGAGACACCAGCAGACCACACAGCUCUAUGGUAGGUACCAGAGACACCAGCAGACCACACAGCUCUAUGGUAGGUACCAGAGACACCAGCAGACCACACAGCUCUAUGGUAUGUACCAGAGACACCAGCAGACCACACAGCUCUAUGGUAGGUACCAGAGACACCAGCAGACCACACAGCUCUAUGGUAUGUACCAGAGACACCAGCAGACCACACAGCUCUAUGGUAUGUACCAGAGACACCAGCAGACCACACAGCUCUAUGGUAGGUACCAGAGACACCAGCAGACCACACAGCUCUAUGGUAGGUACCAGAGACACCAGCAGACCACACAGCUCUAUGGUAGGUACCAGAGACACCAGCAGACCACACAGCUCUAUGGUAUGUACCAGAGACACCAGCAGACCACACAGCUCUAUGGUAUAUACCAGAGACACCAGCAGACCAAACAGCUCUAUGGUAGGUACCAGAGACACCAGCAGACCACACAGCUCUAUGGUAGGUACCAGAGACACCAGCAGACCACACAGCUCUAUGGUAGGUACCAGAGACACCAGCAGACCACACAGCUCUAUGGUAGGUACCAGAGACACCAGCAGACCACACAGCUCUAUGGUAGGUACCAGAGACACCAGCAGACCACACAGCUCUAUGGUAGGUACCAGAGACACCAGCAGACCACACAGCUCUAUGGUAGGUACCAGAGACACCAGCAGACCACACAGCUCUAUGGUAGGUACCAGAGACACCAGCAGACCACACAGCUCUAUGGUAGGUACCAGAGACACCAGCAGACCACACAGCUCUAUGGUAUGUACCAGAGACACCAGCAGACCACACAGCUCUAUGGUAUGUACCAGAGACACCAGCAGACCCCACAGCUCUAUGGUAUGUACCAGAGACACCAGCAGACCACACAGCUCUAUGGUAGGUACCAGAGACACCAGCAGACCACACAGCUCUAUGGUAGGUACCAGAGACACCAGCAGACCACACAGCUCUAUGGUAGGUACCAGAGACACCAGCAGACCACACAGCUCUAUGGUAGGUACCAGAGACACCAGCAGACCACACAGCUCUAUGGUAUGUACCAGAGACACCAGCAGACCACACAGCUCUAUGGUAGGUACCAGAGACACCAGCAGACCACACAGCUCUAUGGUAUGUACCAGAGACACCAGCAGACCACACAGCUCUAUGGUAUGUACCAGAGACACCAGCAGACCACACAGCUCUAUGGUAGGUACCAGAGACACCAGCAGACCACACAGCUCUAUGGUAGGUACCAGAGACACCAGCAGACCACACAGCUCUAUGGUAGGUACCAGAGACACCAGCAGACCACACAGCUCUAUGGUAUGUACCAGAGACACCAGCAGACCACACAGCUCUAUGGUAUAUACCAGAGACACCAGCAGACCAAACAGCUCUAUGGUAGGUACCAGCGGACCACACAGCUCUAUGGUAUGUACCAGAGACACCAGCAGACCACACAGCUCUAUGGUAUGUACCAGAGACACCAGCAGACCACACAGCUCUAUGGUAUAUACCAGAGACACCAGCGGACCUCACAGCUCUAUGGUAUGUACCAGAGACACCAGCAGACCACACAGCUCUAUGGUAUGUACCAGAGACACCAGCAGACCACACAGCUCUAUGGUAUGUACCAGAGACACCAGCAGACCACACAGCUCUAUGGUAUAUACCAGAGACACCAGCGGACCUCACAGCUCUAUGGUAUGUACCAGAGACACCAGCAGACCACACAGCUCUAUGGUAUGUACCAGAGACACCAGUAG